AGCACAGUUCACUAGCAAACACUGUAAAGGUGGAGUUCUGCUGUGCACACAAUGGUGAACCUUACCUUGGUUCUGGCUUUACUCUGCACCCUCAGUCUGAUCUCUUUGUCAACCCCUGAGUUUCACACAGUGAAAGUUCAACCUGAAGGAGAAGUUACACUGAAGUGCUCAAACUUCAGCAACUUCAUAUCUUACAUUGUCUGGUUCAAACUGAAUGAUGGACGCAACGCCACAAUCAUUUCAUCAAUGAUAACCUCAGAGUCCAAUGUUUCAAUGAAGGAUGGAUUCAAAGAAAGAUUUUUUAUGACAUCUAACAUCACACAUGUUUUUCUCAACAUCAAAAAUGUGAACCUCUCUGACUCUGGACUAUAUUUCUGUGGACAUAGAGGCAGUACAAGCGCAGUUAUUUUUGGUGCAACGUAUUUGCUGGUAUAUGAAAUGUCCAGAUCACCAGACCUUCAGACCGUGAUUGUGGGAAGCAUUAUUGCUUUUCUUCUGAUGGUCAUCAUCAUGCUGUUCAUGAAAAUCCGGUCUUAUCCAAAAGCUUCAGUUGAAAGACAACUAAAAGAGAGCCUGGACUCUGAUGCUUUAAACUAUGCAGCUGUAAGUUUCCAAUGGAAAGCAAAGACCAGGAUAAAUGCUGCAUACACAAAGGUGGUUUAUGCAACCACUAAAUAG